AGAUAAAAUUCGGUCUCGCCGAUUUGAAAUUUGGCCGCAAGAAAGGGUUUACUAGCAAGUUAUACAACGCAAUUUGUUGGUUGAUGUGCAAACAGUGAUAAAGUAAGAUGUAUAUGUUUCGGCGGUUCCAUGCAUUUAAGUGAUGGACCCAAAGCCAUUACAGAGAGCUGUUGUUGAAAGACGGAAAGAGGACACGGCGAAGUAUCGCGGGUGCUGGGAUGUUGCUAGUGUUUUCUUUGCCUCGUCCAUACGCAAAGACAAAGCAAAGCGAUGCGCGCCUAGCUUUAAGUUUCUCUUCUCUGCUCUCUCUCACUCCAUUCGCCAGUCUCCAUCGACCGUGAGAGGCAUGGAGGGAUGCGGCAUCCGACGAGGAGGGUUCCAUUUCUCCCUCGUUGUGGCAGCGGCGUGCCUCUUUCUCCUCCCUCCGACUGCCCACACCAACCCAGAAGCCGUCGAUUACUGCGAUAAGAAAGCCGAGUAUGCUGUCAAGGUCACGGGGGUAGAGAUUACUCCCGACCCGGUUGUGCGAGGCAAGCCGGCUACAUUCAGAAUCUCAGCAACUACUGGAGUUUCCAUAUCCAAGGGAAAAUUGGUUCUUGAUAUCAAAUACUUUGGGAUGCAUAUUCACAAAGAGACUCAUGACCUUUGCAAAGAGACAUCUUGCCCAGUAUCAAUUGGUGAUUUCAUGUUAUCCCAUGACGAGAUGCUUCCAUCAUAUGCUCCACCAGGUUCAUACACACUUAUCAUGAGGAUGAUUGGAGAGAAUGGUAGUGAACUGACAUGCAUCGACUUUGAUUUUAGUAUUGGAUCCUUGUCUCAACUUGCUGAUAACUGAAUGCAGGGAAGAUGAACCGUCAAAUGUAUUUUGGCCUUUGGCAUUAUGUAUGUACAUGUUGCACCAUGGGCAUGGUCUUGCUUUGAGGUUGCACCAUGGGCAUGGUCUUGCUUUGAGAUUUUGCUAUAAAUGAGUUGUAUCAAGGCCAAGUACUUCACCGUUGCAUAAUGACGAGAAUGUGGUUUGUCCUUGCAAAA